AUAUAUUACAUUCUUUCUCUCAUAACUAUAUACUAUAUAGUCUUUUUCUCUUCACUCUCUUUUUCUUUCUUUCUUUCAAGUUCAUAUCAUCAUCAUUCACAUAUUCAUAUAUUUUCAUCAUUCAUAUUGCUCUUUUUGUUCUUUGGUAGUGCCAAAAGGGUUUUGUAAGAGAAAAAAAAUGGCCCCAAAAUCAGGGAAAGGAAAAACAAAUAAAGCUAAGACAGAGAAGAAGAAAAAGGAGGAGAAAGCUGUGGCACCUUCUCUUGUUGACAUUAUUGUGGUAACUCCUUAUGAUUCUCAAAUUGUAUUGAAGGGUAUCUCAACUGAUAAGAUACUUGAUGUGAGGAAGCUAUUGGCUGUGAAGGUGGAGACAUGCCAUUUUACAAACUAUUCUUUAUCUCAUGAGGUUAAAGGUCAGAGAUUAAAUGACAGAGUUGAAGUUGUUACCCUAAAGCCAUGUCUACUAAGAAUGGUUGAAGAGGAUUACAUUGAAGAAUCUCAAGCAACUACACACGUGCGAAGACUAUUGGACAUAAUAGCCUGCACAACAAAAUUCGGAAAGCCCAAACGCAACAUACCAGGCCCAGACUCAUCAAAGCCCAAGAAAAACGGAAAAGCCCAUAAUCAAAAUAAGAACGGUUUGAGCCCACCGGCAACACCGAAUGGAGAAACUCGGGUCGGGUCACCGACGUCGGAGCCGGCAUCACCGAUAUCGGAGAAUGUGGGAAUGGUGGCGAUUCAUCCGACGCCGAAGUUGUCGGAUUUUUAUGAGUUCUUUUCGUUUUCGAAUCUCACCCCUCCGAUUUUGCAUUUGAAGAAAUGUGAACUGAAGGAAGAAGAUGAUAGAGGCAAAGGAGGUUACUUUCAGCUUCAGGUUAAAAUCAGCAAUGGGAAAGUAAUUGAAGUGGUUGCUUCAGAGAAAGGCUUUUACAGUGUUGGAAAGCUGUCUCUGCAGAGUCACACAUUGGUUGAUCUUCUGCAACAGCUCAGCAGAGGUUUUGCUAAUGCUUAUGGAUCAUUGAUGAAAGCUUUUGCGGAACGUAACAAGUUUGGCAAUCUUCCUUACGGACUCCGAUCAAAUACGUGGCUAGUUGCUCCAUCCGUUGGUGAAUCUCUUUCAAACUUUCCACCUCUACCUGCUGAGGAUGAAAACUGGGGUGGCAAUGGUGGUGGCCAGGGAAGAAAUGGAGAAUACGAACGUCGACCAUGGGCAACAGAUUUUGAAAUCUUGGCUUCUCUUCCUUCGAAAACCGAGGAGGAGAGGGUGAUCAGAGACCGAAAAGCUUUUCUACUUCACAAUCAGUUUGUUGAUACAUCGAUAUUUAAGGCUGUUGCAGCUAUACAGGAUGUGAUGGAGUCCAAGUCUAGUAUGAAUUCUUCUCCGGGUUCUGUUAUGCAUCAAGAUCAAGUGGGAGACUUAUCCAUUGUAGUUGAACGUGGUGGAAAUGGAAAGUUUGAUUCUACACUGAAUGAAUCGAGUAAGCAAAGUGACGAUGUUCAGAAGAAUUUAAUCAAAGGGUUGUCUGCUGAUGAAAGUGUCACGGUUAAUGACACUUCUUCCUUGGCUGUUGUUGUUGUUCAUCACUGUGGAUAUACAGCUACAGUUAAGGCCAUUGGUAAAGCGAACACAAGGAAACCUAAAGUUCAGGAUAUCGAAAUAGAUGAUCAACCUGAAGGAGGCGCAAAUGCUCUUAACAUCAAUAGUUUGAGGGCACUGCUUCACAAAUCUGGAGUUGAUUCAUCAGAAGGGACUUUGACUUCCUUGUCAAAUUUUGAUGAUUUGGAUGCUUCUAAAUAUCUUGUUAGGAAGGUGGUUGAGGAAUCCAUCGAAAAGAUAAAGGAAGAGCCAAGUGUAUCAAAACGGUCGAUUCGAUGGGAACUUGGUUCUUCAUGGAUGCAGCAUCUGCAAAAACAGGAAAAUUCAACCGAUGGCAGUUCCAAUAACAACAAGGAUGGAAGUGAUGUUGAGCCAGCCGUGAAAGGUCUUGGAAAGCAAUUUAAAUUAUUGAAGAAGAGGGAAAAGAAACCAAGUGACUUAAAUGGUGCAGAUUCUGUGGAGCAAAAUAACGAUGAGCCAAAUAAUGAUGAACCAAGCAGUUUGAAUGAAUUAGAGACACUACUUUCUCCAGAAGCCUUUUUGCGUCUCAAAGAAUCCGGAUCUGGUCUUCAUCUGAAGUCAGUGGAUGAGCUUAUAAACAUGGCACACAAGUUUUAUGAUGAAGUUGCCUUGCCAAAGCUGGUUACGGACUUUGGAUCACUUGAACUUUCUCCUGUUGAUGGUCGUACACUUACUGAUUUCAUGCAUUUAAGAGGAUUAAAGAUGGGAUCUUUGGGUGAAGUGGUUAAACUUUCAGAGAAUCUUCCACACAUACAAUCACUUUGUAUUCAUGAGAUGAUUACUCGAGCAUUCAAGCAUUUAUUUAAAGCAGUCAUUGCUUCUGUAGACAAUGCAGCAGAUUUACCUUCAGUCAUUGCGUUGACCCUGAAUUUUUUACUUGGAGGGUGUCAAACUGAAGAUACAGACCAAACUUUGGGUGAUGAUCAUCAUCUCAAAAUUCAUUGGUUACGUAUGUUUUUGUCAAAAAGAUUUGGAUGGACAUUAAAAGAUGAAUUUCAACAUUUGAGAAAGUUAUCUAUUCUCAGAGGGCUCUGUCACAAGGUUGGAUUAGAAUUGUUCCCUAGAGAUUAUGACAUGGAGUCCCCUAAGCCCUUUGGAAAGUUUGAUAUUAUUAGCCUUGUUCCCGUUUGCAAGCAUGUGGGAUGCUCCUCAAUAGACGGGCGCAAUUUGUUGGAAUCAUCGAAAAUUGCUCUUGAUAAAGGAAAGCUUGAGGAUGCUGUUAGUUAUGGAACAAAGGCAUUAGCAAAGAUGAUGACUGUUUGUGGUCCAUAUCAUCGAAAUACUGCAAGUGCGUAUAGUCUUCUUGCUGUGGUUCUCUACCACACAGGAGAUUUUAACCAGGCCACCAUUUAUCAGCAAAAGGCGUUGGAUAUAAAUGAGAGAGAGCUUGGACUUGACCAUCCUGACACAAUGAAAAGCUAUGGAGAUCUUUCUGUUUUCUAUUACCGUCUGCAACAUAUUGAGCUGGCUCUGAAGUACGUUAAUCGCGCUCUCUUCCUCCUACAUUUCACAUGCGGUCUGUCUCAUCCAAAUACAGCUGCUACAUAUAUAAAUGUUGCUAUGAUGGAAGAAGGCAUGGGAAAUGUUCAUGUGGCACUUCGGUACUUGCAUGAAGCUCUUAAAUGCAACAAAAGAUUGUUGGGAGCAGAUCAUAUACAGACUGCUGCAAGCUAUCACGCCAUAGCCAUAGCACUUUCAUUGAUGGAAGCAUAUUCUCUGAGUGUGCAACAUGAGCAAACUACACUUAAGAUACUUCAGGCGAAGCUUGGCGCAGAAGAUCUUCGAACUCAGGACGCGGCUGCAUGGCUAGAAUAUUUUGAAUCAAAAGCUAUAGAGCAGCAAGAAGCAGCAAAAAAUGGAACUCCAAAGACAGACACAUCCAUUGCAAGUAAAGGUCACCUUAGUGUGUCAGAUCUCCUGGAUUUUAUUAGUCCUGACAACGAUUCAAAGGGAAAUGAUGCUCAAAGGAAACAAAGGCGUCCAAAGAUACUUCCAAUAAGCGAUAACAAUUCUCAAGAACACGAUGACACUCCAAUAGUUGAUGAUAUCGUUAUUGUUGACAAUGCAAAAGAUGCUGCAAAAGCAGUAGAAGGCAAAAUAGAAGAACCAAAAGCCAAACAUGGAACAGAAGAACCCAAAAAAAUUGUUGAUCUCAGCAUGCACAAGCCAGUGGUGACAGUUGAAGCUGUGUAUGAGACAUCAUCUGAUGAAGGUUGGCAAGAAGCCAAUUCAAAAGGGCGUUCAGGUAACGCUGCUAAUCGCAAGUCUGGACGCAGACAACGGCCUGUUCUAUCAAAGCUCACUGUUAAAGGUUCUGAUAAUCACAUGUACAAGGAAGCCAGUUACAGGAAUGACACUACCCUGCACCAAAAAGCAGCUCCAAAAGUAGCUUCAGCUAUGUUAUCUCCAUCUAGAAAAUCAAAAACCCCAAAAGCUUUGUCAUCUAAAAUUUCAUCAACUCCAGCAUCAUUGAGUUCUUUGGCCUCAAAAUCUAUAUCUUACAAAGAAGUCGCUGCUGCACCACCAGGUACAGUUUUAAAGCCACUGUUGGAAAAAACCGAGACAGAAAAGGUAAAUGAUGAAAACGAGAUGCCGAAAAAUGAAGGUUCUGUUGAAACAUCUAAUGCUGAUACAGUUCCACAAAAAGAUGAAAAAGAACCUUCUGAUGCUGAUACAGAUCCACAACAAGAUGAAUCUGAACAAGAUAACUCUUCAUCAGAACUUGAGAAGGUUUCCCCUUCAUCUGAUCAAGCAAAAUCUUCUGAAACAAAUGGAAGCAAGCUUUCUGCUGCAGCCAAACCUUUCAGUCCAGGAACGUUGUCUGCAUCUCGCCAUUUAAAUCCAGUUCCUCCUGCGAGCAUAUACGAUGCAAAUGUGAGUCCAGGCAUUCUUGUAGAGCCCGUUCUUCCUCCUGCUGCUGCCAGGGUCCCUUGCGGCCCUAGAUCACCGUUGUAUUACAGAACCAAUUAUACUUUCCGGAUGAAACACAGUUCGACCAAGAUAAGGGAAAUAAGUGGAUCAGGUGGUCCAAAAAUUAUGAAUCCACAUGCUCCCGAGUUUGUUCCAAGAAGUGCUUCUCAAAUAGAAACUAGUGAAAAGAACAGUACUUCAAAAAACAGUCUUUCUGAAUCCGAAAAGUCAGAGAUAGCAAGGCAGAUAUUGCUGAGUUUUCUAGUGAAGUCUGUUCAUCAAAAUGCUGAUGCCGUGGAUGAGCCUAAAGUUAGUGAAGGAAAAGUUGAGAGCUUUGAAAACUCUUCUGAUGAAGUAGCUAAAGACAGUGCUGUCAUAAAAAUAAUGUACGGUACUGAGGAAAAGAAUAAGACAGUGGUUAAUUCCAGUGACGACAGUGAAGAGCAGGACAAUUUAGAUGGUGAAGGAUUUGUAGUUGUCACAAACAGGAGAAAAAGCAGGCAAAAAACCACAAAUGGAGUCGCUGAAUUGUACAACCAGCCGUCAAUUUGUGCUUCGGUUCGUUGAUUAUAGUCAUGAAAUUAAUCACCAAUGAUCCAAAUUUGUUUGCUUUGUAUGGACAAAGCUCUUGACAUCAUUUUGUUAAUAGUAUGUGACCUCUUUCCAUAGAAUUUUGGUCAUCAAAUUCAUUUUGUUUUUGUUUAUAUAAUAAGUUAAUUAGGGUUUUGUUUUUGCUCUCUAUAUAAUAAGAUACUUGCAAAUUUUGUUUUGCCAAUAAAAAGCUGAUUGGUAAUUUCACUUAA